CCAUCUCAAAAGAUGGGGGGGGGGGGUAGGUUUUCCUGCCUAACCUCGUGUAUGUGAGGUCCAAAUCACGGGCCUGGUUAUCUCUUAUAAAAAGUCUUCAGCAAACCUCGAACCGGUUCAGUUACCAACGAGAUGUUGGCUUCCACGACACUGCUCCUGUGGGGAGUAGCCAUUUUGCUGGUGCUCUUUCGCUUGCUGCGACCGCUGGCCGGCCGAUCGCAGAAAAACUUUCCACCCGGUCCGCCUGGUUUGUUUCCGUUUUUGGGUGAUUAUGGAUUGCUGCUGCUGAUCAACUAUCGACAUCUGCACAAAGCGGCCCUAUCGUUGGGUGAUUUCUAUCGCACCAAAAUCUUAGGCAUCUCGCUCAAAAACUUCCCAUCGAUCGUGGUGAAUGAUCUUGCGGUGGCGAAGGAAGUUCUGAAUCGCAAAGUGUUUGACGGCCGGCCCGAUCUAUAUCUGGCCCGUUUACGUGAUAAAGACUAUAAUCUACGCGGCAUAUUCUUCACCGAUGGACCGAGCUGGAAGGAACAGCGUUGGUUCAUUCUGCGGUAUUUGCGUGACUUCGGAUUUGGCCGACGGUUUCCCCAGCACGAGGCGGAAGUGAACAGUGAGCUGCUCAUUUUGAUCGAUCUGCUCCGUUACGGUCCGAAGUAUGAGCAUGAGAAGGCGAUCAUACGCGACGGUUACGCCAAGUGUCCGAAUGUGCUCUUCAGCUGCUUUGCAAAUGCAUUCCUGCAGAUUGUGUCCGGCGAACGGUUAUCGCGCGAGGAAACGGGCGUGCUAUACGAAACCGGCUCGAAUGCGAUGAUAUUCCAACGGAAUGGCGAUGACUACGGAACGAUACUUAGCUAUUUUCCAUCGCUUCGUCACAUCUAUCCCUUUUCGCGCAAGUUCAACACAAUCCGCAAGGCUAGCCUUAAUGUGAACGGUUUCAUACAGACGAUCAUCGAUAAAUAUUUGAACACCUUCGACGAAAACCAUGUGCGUUGCUUUUUGGAUUUGUACUUCCGGGAGAUGGUAAAAUGCACUCCGCGCGAACCGAAUUUUACCUUCCAGGAGGAUCAGCUAUUGCUCGGUUUGGUUGAUUUCUUCUUUCCUGCCAUUUCCGGCGCAACUACACAAAUGGCACUGCUGUUCGAACGGUUGCUACACAAUCCGCACGUAAUACCACGAAUGCAGCGUGAAAUCGAUGAGGUCGUUGGUCACGGACGGUUACCCACAUUGGACGAUCGCGCUCAGCUGUCAUACACCGAGGCAACGUUGCGCGAAGGUAUGCGUAUCGAUACGCUCGUACCGUCGGGAAUCGCGCACCGGGCCCAGGAGGAAACGUCCCUGCGCGGAUACGAUAUCCCGAAGGAUACGUUUGUACUGAUCGGGCUGGAUGUGAUCCAUAACCAGAAGGAAUAUUGGGGCGAUCCGGAAUGUUUCCGCCCGGAACGAUUUCUCGAUGACCAGGGCAAGUUGUCCCUGGCGAAGGAUAUUUCAGUGCCCUUCGGUGCUGGCAAGCGACUGUGCGCCGGUGAAACGUUUGCCCGCAACAUUAUGUUUCUGACGUUGGCAGCUUUAAUGCAGAACUUUAACAUACGCCAGCCACCGAAUGCUCCGUUGCCCGAUUUGAGCAACAGGCACACCGGUGUUAUUAUUUCCCCGCAAGAUUAUUGGUUAAAAUUUGAGCCGAGAUAAAGCCGCACCGGGUUUUGUGACAAAUA